CUAUAAAUGCAACCACGGAAGCACAUUUCAUGCAAAAUAAGACCAACGGAAUUGCGCUUACACACUCUCUCUCUCUCUCCUCUCGCCUCUAGUUCUCUCUUCUCUGGCUCAGUGUGUCCUGAGGCCUAUUCGUUUCUCGGGGAAAUGGAAAAUCAGAGCGAUAACGAUAUUGAAGCCCCGAAGAUGUCAGUCCUCAAUUGUAUUGAUCUCUCCAAUCCUGACAUUCACCAAUCCGUUUCAUUGCUUAAACAGGCGUGCUUGGAUUCGGGGUUUUUCUACGUUGUAAACCACGGGAUGAGCGAGGAAUUCAUGGACAAGGUUUUCGCACAGAGCAGAAGAUUGUUCGGUCUGCCAUUGAACGAGAAAAUGAAGCUUUUAAGGAACGAGAAACAUAGAGGCUACACCCCUGUUCUUGACGAGAUUUUGGACCCUGAAAACCAAACUCACGUAGGAGAUUACAAGGAGGGAUAUUACAUAGGAGUGGAAGUAGCUGAAGACGACCCAGAAGCGGAAAAACCAUUUUAUGGGCAAAAUGUUUGGCCUGCGCCAGGACUAUUUCCUGGAUGGAGGGAGACAAUGGAGAAGUUUCAUCAAGAAGCUUUGGAGAUCGGGAGAGCAGUUGCUAGGAUAAUAGCUCUUGCACUUGACCUGGAGGCUGAUUUCUUUGACAAGCCAGAAAUGCUUGGCAAGUCUAUUGCAACCUUGCGCUUACUACACUAUGAAGGUCAAUUGUCUGAUCCCUCAAAGGGAAUAUAUGGAGCUGGAGCCCAUUCUGACUUUGGUUUGAUUACUCUCUUAGCAACAGAUGAUGUCUUAGGUCUCCAAAUAUGCAAGGAUAAGGAUGCUAAACCUCAGAUAUGGGAAUAUGUACCACCACUAAAAGGAGCAUUUGUAGUGAAUCUUGGUGACAUGCUGGAGCGCUGGAGCAACUGUGUUUUCAAGUCCACGUUGCACAGAGUUCUUGUGAAUGGUCAGGAGAGAUAUUCUAUUGCAUAUUUUGUGGAACCUUGUCAUGAUUGUCUUGUCGAGUGCUUGCCAACCUGCAAAUCAGAAAAUAACCCUCCCAAGUUUCCUCCAAUCUUAUGUCAGACUUACCUUAGCCAACGCUAUAAGGAUACUCAUGCUGAUCUGAGUAGAUACAACAAAACUGAAGCAUAAUAAUUCAACCAAAAUAUGAUUUGGGAGAUCUACAAACCUGAACAGCCAGCAAAUAAUUCUACUGAAACAAGUUAAAAGCAUAUAGCCAGACCAGUAGAGGUCCUUUCUAUACAAGUUUUGCAUCUUUAUACGUAUAAGGGUUGAUCAUCAUCCAGAGAUCAUAUAACCUUUUCUACAUGCUUACGUUUUUCUAAGCAGCUCGAAUGGUGUAGCGAGCUUUGUAUGAUGGUGUUCCUCUGCCAUAAGUGAGGGUAAAUAAAUAAAUUCGGGGUACAAUCCUCUUUAGAAA